UGUAAACACAAAAUACGCCUCAUCCCCCGUCGGAUAAGUCACAGUGGAGCGAAUUGGCAAGAUUAACCCAAAUAGCCUUCGCUGGUCGGGGAAAACGCUCCGUGUCCGUCGUGCGUAAUAUGCGUUAAGGCGCAGACGGGCGACGCCAUGGACUUCUACAUCAACCUGAAGGUGAAUUUCAGAGGAAAUUCCAAAAAUUUCCUUCUGUCGGGAUCCGAGACCAAGAGCUGGGAGUCGAUGGAGGCCAUGGUGAAGCGUUCCUUUGGCCUGUGCAGUCUUCAGCUGACCUAUUUUGACGAGGAGAACGAGGAGGUGUCCAUUAACAGCCAAGUGGAGUAUGAGGAGGCAUUGAAGAGUGCAGCAAGGCAGGGGAAUCGACUCCACAUGAAUGUGUACGAGACUCGCGGCCAGCCAGCAAGGGUCUCUACUACCAAGGCCAGUGGGACAGAACCCAAGAGGGGCUUCAGACCCCCACAGCACUGCCCCACCCUGGCCCAGGUGGUCAGCCGCAAAGUCCAGGCUGCAGUGCCAGAACAGGGCAUGGUGAUUAUGAAAGAUGUGAAGGGGACCAAAGAAGAAGACAAGACCCCUCCAGCCUGGUUCACCUCUUAUAUGGAGAAGUUUAAGGACCAGGUGGUUCGUGAGGCAGUGGAGAAGAUCUGCCGGGAGUUCUCUGGACAGUGCUGCAUUCACAAACCCCUGGGAGGAGGAGCAGGAGCAGGAGGUGGAGGAGGCAGAGGGGAAGCAGUAGGAGGAGCGGAGGCCCAGCAGGUCCCUGAGGUUUCCUCCUCCACUCUCCCUGGAGCUCCAUCCUCCUCCACUCCUCCAUGCUCCUCCUGCAGGGGGCAGACCACCGGAGGAGGCUAUCAGUGCAGUGUGUGUACUUCCUGUACUCUGUGCGAGCCCUGCAGUUUCUCUCAUGAUCCCAGUCACAACCUGGUGAGAGCCAGGACUCCUCUGUCCAUCCCGGAGCACGGAUCACCUGCCCCAGACCACAGCAGGUUCUACAGGCGAGGUGACCGCAGUUUCCGAAAGGCGGAGAAACAGCGGCUGAAAGCAGAGAAGCGCUUGCUGAAGGCUGAAGUCAAAGAGAUCCGCAAACAGCUGAGAAUGGAGAGGCGGGGCAUCCAGUGGAGCUCCUCCCACCGAGACGGAAGCUCCUCCCCUGUACUUCUGCAGCCUCGAGCCACCCAACACAACAGCCCUGAGCGUCCAAAGCGCCCCUGUCCCCUGGUGGUUCCAGCUAUGACAGCUGCAUUUCUGGAUGAGAACCUUCCUGAUGGAACCCGACUGCGUCCUGGGACCAAGUUUAUCAAGUACUGGAAGAUGAGGAACACUGGAACAAUCUGUUGGAGCGCUGAUACUAAGCUGAAGUUCAUGUGGGGAAACCUGGCGGUGGGAUCUGGGGACCGCUGGAAAGAAGUUUCUGUUCCUUUUCUCCAGCCAGGACAGGUUGGUAUAGUGAGUGUCGCGCUGUGCGCUCCCACGGUGGAGGGCUCCUACACCUCUCACUGGCGUCUGGCCCAUGCUGGAGAGCAGUUUGGACCCAGGGUCUGGUGCAGCAUUGUGGUCGAUCCUCUGGCCCCAGCGCCCAUGAUGGCUGAUGGGAUCCUGGUGUCACCCUGUGUCACACCACAGGGUAAGAACCCAGUGGCAAAAGAUGGAAAAGCCUGUGCAGCUUCCAGAGAGCAACCGUUAAUGUCAGUGGACCAAGAAGAGUACUACAUCCCAUCUGUGGACCUGCUCACUGCACAGGAUCUUCUGUCUUUUGAGCUGUUGGACAUCAACAUCGUCCAAGAAUUGGAGAGUGUCCCAAACAACACUCCUGCUGACAUGACCCCAUGUAUGUCCCCUCUGCCUCAAGAUGUACACCUGCAGGACAAGAGCAGUCCCUCUUUGGGUCUCAUCCAGGAAGAGACUGAAGUCAUCAAUAGCAUCAUGGAUGUCCCUCAUGGGGCGGGAUCUGGAGCAGAGGGGGGCGGAGUCCCGGCUCAGGAGGAAGGGGAGGAUGACAUCAGCGGGACUCAGUUUGUUUGUGAGACUGUGAUUCGUUCAAUGACUCUGGAGGAGGCACCGGACCACGCCCCUCUGAGAGGGUCCCGCCCAGGGACAGGUAAAGUAGUGCGUCCGGCUGCUCAGGGUGGCUCCUCCUCCUCCUGUGUGAAGAGUAAAACAGUGACAACAGAAGAAAGCCCAGACAGCAGCCCCAGCACCUCUGAAAAAUCCUUGAAACCACCAGCCAUGCUGAAAGCUUCUCUCCUUCCCCCGUUGAAAGUCUCCCUGCCUGCUCCGCUUUCUGUGGCCCUGACCUCAGGACCCGGCCCCAGCUCUGCACCGACCCCUCUCCUUGCUCCGCCCAGGUCCUCCACGGUGCAGGAGCACACAACCAAAGUUGAAGGUGAGGAGUCACACAUGGAGAACAUCAGUGUGGAGUCCAGGGUGAAGCAGAGAGAGAAAGGUCCAGAGGAGAAGAAGGAGAAAGAAGUAGAGGAGAAGAGAGACGGGACGAGGAGUCGCUCCUCCUCCACCUCCUCAGAGGAUUACAUCAUCAUUCUCCCUGACUGCUUUGAUACCAGUCGGCCACUGGGGGAGUCCAUGUACAGCUCUGCUUUGUCCCAGCCUGGUGACAUCCCAGCUAAGACCCCCACAGAUCUAGAAACCCCAUCGCUAGACCACCUACACAGUUCCACCACACAGGAGGAGUUGGAUGAGGCAGAUGAAGCUGCAGCAGCUCCAGGGACAGGGGUGUCAGGCACCAGCAGCGCCAAUGACAUGCUUUGUACGUCUCAGACACUGGAUGAUGAGCCGCUGACACCUGAAGUGGUAGCACCACCUACAGCCAUCGUCACACCAAGUCCAGGAAGCAGUGUAGAAACAGAUGUUGACCCUGCUGCUGCCGGGCAAGGGGAAGACAGUUCUGAAUUGUACCAAACUGAGGAUGCCUCUGGUCCUGAACAAGCUCCGACAAAUGAUAAUGAAGCUACUGAGGACAUAGAGGAGGACAACCCUGAAGACCCCAGGCACCCAGGCAUCACCAGUGGUCUGGUGAAAGGAGCUCUGUCAGUAGCUGCCUCUGCCUACAAAGCUCUGUUCACUGGACAAGGCCCUACACAGCCUCCAGUGGAUUCUUCCACCCAGGACACCAUGAUGGCUGUGCUGGUGGAGAUGGGUUUCGGUGACCGGCCGCUUAACCAAAGGCUGCUGAAAAAAUACAACUACAACUUGCUGGACGUGGUCAACGAGCUCGUUCAGAUGACUGACAAUGACUGGUACUCUACACGCUACUGACAAGACAGAGAGGAAGAAGUGUAGGAGGAAGAGAGGAGGAGAGGAGGAAAGACUGGAAGAGAGGAGUUCAGUUCUGCUCAUCUACCUUUUUGCCUUCCUCCUUUUGCCCAUCUCUUGUAUAAUUGGAACAGUUGGAUGGAGAUCAGUCUACUCUAUGACCAUAUAAGAAGACAUUCCAGCAAACACUCUGGGAUCAAACACCCACUGUCUGUAGUAUUACUUUCAGCUUAGGCCUUGAUAGCGGCAGGGCAGCUGCUUUACAUAGGAAUUUAAGAGAGAUAAAGAAAGAGACACAUUCUUAAAGUCUCAGAGGAGCUAUGUGUAGCAUUUAGCAUUUCCUAAAGUUUAGACCACAUAUCCCAUGAGUCCAACCUCAGCCUACAAAGAGGGCCUUGCUCCAUUUUUUGAAAAGCAAGGAGAAAUAUAAAAGGUGUCAGUAACAGCAAAUAUUUAUUUUAAUGUGACACAGUAUGCUAAUGUUAAGUUGUGUCACCAUCAAUUCCUGAACAGUUUCAUUUCUAUGCUGGAAAGUAAUGUAACAUAAUUUACAGUUUGUGUAAGAUGCAGCUUUGUGGCUAGCAGAGGUAAGUAUUCUCACAUCAAAAUAAUCAUGGCUAUGACUUGUUAGUGUUGAAAUGCUACACAUAGCACGUUCCUGCUUUGCUCUUUUACCUGGGACACUGAUGAAGCACAGAGCAGUGAGAUAAUAUACACAUCCCAGUUAGUACAAUAGCGGGGAGAUCUACAUCAUAGAUCACUGUGGUACAGUACCACUUAGUCAGAGCAUGUGUUCACAUGCUAGUCAGUUACACAUUGAAAAUCCACAUUGAAGUAAAGGUGUGCUAUUGCCAUACACCAGACAGCUCGGAGCACUGAUAUACUUCCUUUUAGCUACGUGUUUGUGUAAGCAUGAUGGUUCUUUUGGCAUGUUGUUUGUAUGCAUCCUCAGAAAUGACCGUUGCACAUUCCCCAAGAUGUAGCUAAGCUAAGAGAAUCUAAUAGAGGUAUUCUUUGCUAUUUCUGCAAUGGCCUUGACAUUCAAAAAAAUAGUAAACUUGUGGAGUAUCGCCUGGGUCUGGGUAGCAGAACUCUAGGCCCAGGUUUGGACUUAGGUUGGAUUUGGUUAUUUUAAAAUGUGCCAAUUAACUGAAUUCAUUUUUGUCACACAGUAGAUACUGUAUGCAAGACAAAGAGUGCAGCAAUGUGUUGCAUUAGUUUGGCAAGGUAAGGAUCAGUUCAUAGCUUGGGUCAAAUUUGGCAGUACCAGUUGGUCUCUGUCGGGUUGGGACUUGAAAAGCCUGUUUACACCUGGUAUCAGCAUGUGUUUCAGCGAUUUGAACACACGUGAACAACCAAGACACAUUGCUUUUCACACGUGUUUAUAAUGCGUCUCCAGCUGACCACUUGUGUUCAGAUUUCGUUACUUCCUACGACACUUCUGCUAGAAGGUCAAACGGCCCUGUGCACAGUUACUAUAUCCACACUCUUGCUAACUGCUCAUUAGCAUUCUCACUAGUCACCUUAGUGGUUGUGAAGGUACAGCUGGACAUACCGCUAUCAGCAGAAUUCAAGAUAUCUCCUUCCACUGGGCAAAUUGAUGGAUGGUCAUGCAAAAAUUCAUUCAACUGGUCCUUAAAUUGACAAGUUAGAGAGUGUUAGCAUGUUGACACCAGAACAGCCACCACGUCGUGCCCUGAUGAUGUAGUCUGAACGGCUAACCAUGACAUUCUUACCCUAACCAGUCCCACUCUUCAGGCCUAAACCUAACCAACCCAACCAAUGAAGGCAACAAGGAGUACUAACUAAUCAGAGAGAGAUAGUGUGGUUGGCAAUGCCUUUGCUUUCUGAGGAAACGCAUAUUCGUGUAGGGGAUGCAUCAGAUGCAUUAGCGUUUACACUAGAAAAGAUUUGUAGUAAAAUGCAUCCCAGAGUGGUUUGAGUGAUCUGAUCACAGUGCAUCCUGGUGGUUGUUUACACCUGUAUUUAGUGCUGUCCACUUGUGAUCGGAUCACCCAAGAUGCAUGUCAAUACCAGGUAUAAACAGGUAAACUAAUGCAGGUAUGAGUCGGAUUUAGAUCUCCGCGUUAGGCUUGUGAGGUACUACUCAAUGUUCCCCCUUGAGGAUAUUCUUUUUAAUCAUCUAGGCUAGGGUUGGGGGACAAUAGAAUAUACACGAUGAGUUGAUAAAUUUAACAGAGGGAACUGUAUGUCUCCUGUUGUGCCAGGCUUGUUUUUGCAGGCAGUGUUGCAAAUCAAUGAGCUGGACUAUUUAGUGACAGUAUUAUACCCCUUUGCCACCAAAAUUAGAACAUGUACGCAGGUUUUUUUCUAAUGAAAUAGACGACAGACUCUAUUGCCAGUUGACCAGAGCUAUAUAUAUGACUCUGCAGCAGACAAGCAUGCCUUUCUUUUAGUGGUGUGUUACAUUUCACAUCAUGGGCAGGUUGGAAAACAGGUUAGUAAACUGUAGAAAGCAGCAAGGAGGCCUGUGAAAACUCUACGGGGUUAAUUCUUUUUAGUUAUAUUUUACUUAUUUGGUGUCUCUUUCAAACUUGGUGCACACUAAUUUAGAUUGAUGUUUGAGCACUGCUUGGACAGAGAUGGGCAGUAUUUUGUGGUGGCACGUCAUUGCAUCUCACCAGUAAUGGUGCUAAAAUUAGGAUGUUCACCCAAGUGUUGAAUUUCCAUCAGUGCUGAUUGGAGCCAGAACCGAUAAAUACCCAUGACUGCAGAGUAAUUUGAUCUGUGUGUAAAUGGCAAUUGUAACCUUUCCUGUUACAUACAAAAGUCAGAUGCUGGCUGGUGUUAAUGUUUUUUGUGCAGUGGGAAAGGGGAUUUAGAUUUUUGCGUGAUGUGACUUUUGAUUAUGUGAGCAGUUAGAAAAUACCUUCAUUUGUCAUGUAUUAAGUUAUUAGAUCGGCCCAAAUCAGACAUUCCAAUCUGGUUAUUUUAUCCUUAAACAAUUUGUCAAUUGAUUUUCCAGAAAUGUUAUUGGAAAAUUCACCUACUCAUGAAGUAUAUCUAUAUUAUGAUGUAGAAUUAUAUUUACCCCUGGUAUUGUACGCAGGCAAGUAUGUGAUUAAUUCUACCUUAUUUGUGUUGGAGACAUUUGUCUAUACAUUCAUGUUGGUAAAAAGCAAGUAUAUCAUGAUCCUCAGAGCCUGGUACAAAGUGAUCCUCUGUGCUCUUUUAGGUUCAAGUAUUGUAGAGUAUGGCUGCAUUCUUCUUAAUAUGAUCAUUUUAUAAAUUAUGCCUAUAUCACUGGAGGGUUUUCACACACCUCUAACUGUACUGUAUGCAUAAUCUACUGACAAUGAGUAGAUGACUACUGAAAGUAGAAAAAAACAUUCCCCAAUGAACUUUGGAUUUGGAGAGAGUGUUUGCGCUUAAAAGCUUACAGGACACAGGGACCAUUCAGUCAACAUCAACUGUUUUUCUCCAGUAUUGACUUUGCCCUCUUACACACAUUCCCUGGACCUGUUUAUUGUCUUAAACAUGUUAGCUAGCUCUCACAGUAAAGAUCCUCUGUUUUCCAUGAAUCUCCUGGUCAGAGUAAAGGUCUCAGAAUGCUUCAAAGGAGCUAGUUUGUACAAUCUGUUGUCCUACUCAUUCUGAAUGGCCAUACUUAAAGGCAGGGUGAAAAGUCUGGUCUCAGAGUCUCCUUCAAGUCUAGUGCUUAGGAAGCAGGAUGACAUCAGCAGAAUUUUCUGAAUAAGUUACCUGUCAGUCAGUAUGACUUCAUCUACAGCUUUUGGUUAAUUUGUACCAAGCCAGUUCAUAAAACAUGAAACAGACCAGAAAUAAGAGCUCCAGUAGGUCUGUUUUCCCCCUUGGUACAGACUAUAGAUUGAAAUAAAAUAAUGGACAUAGCCUCCAUUUCGUCACCCAUUGAUUUGUGCACUCCAGUUUUGAAGCCUCGAGUCAGGCAUUUUGACCAUCGCGAUCUUAGUUUUUUGGAGCCAAAAGUGACAAUACUUUGACAAGGGGUGGAGCCUACUUUAACGUUAGCUGCUAACUUGGUUAGCGCAGUGCAUUUACAGCUACAGUUAACCGUGAUAAUGCUAAUGCUAAAUUUUACCAGCAAAAAACAGGAUUCAAACCAUUCAACCAAUUGUUUUUACCAGAAGAAUCGAAUAUCCAACUCCUUAAAGGGUCUUUUAGUACAACAAAAUGCUGAACAAGACUUUUUUUUAGGUGAUGAAAUGUUACUUUCAUGAACCGAAAACACAGUUAAAUAGCGACAGCUACGGCUACAACUAUCCUUUGUGAAUCUGGGGUUACACCAUGGAGACAUUUCUAACCAGCAUUAUCAUUGUGAUAGCAACUUUUCAAUGGAUGGCACCCACUUGUCACUGAAAGCAGCCACGCCCUUAAUUAUGCCUAACUUUAAGCCUUAAUUACAUUUUCAAAGGUGAGUUAAAUAAAGACUUAUCUGCGUGUAGUUGUCAUGCAUGGGAAAUUUAGCUAGAGAGACCAAACCUGUUUUUUGUACCAGGCUGUAAACAUGUUUAUUUCUGCUGUUAAGUUGGGCAUUUUAAUAUGAGGGCCUAUGGAGAGUGACUCGCUUUUGGAGCCAACCUCAAGUGGCCAUUCAAGGAACUGCAGUUUCGGGUAUUUCCAUGUUGGCUUAAUUUUUCAGCCCUGAAGUUUGUCACUUGGUCCAAACCAAAUAAACCAAACCACAGUAAUGAAAGCAAUCCUAGAUGAUGUAACAAACUCUUCCUUUGAAGUGUACUGAGGUUAAAAAAAUUUGAAAAUGAAGACUCUCCCUGGAUUUUGUUCACUGUAUUUCUCUUUUAACAUCACGUGUGACACAGAUCUUUACAAAUCAGUCAGAGAGAAAUGGCUGCUUUAAAGUGACUGUAUUUAUCUGAGUCAGAUGGGGUGAUGACCUCAGAUAGGAUCCAGCUACGCUGAGUUGAAUCCACUCAGCAAAGCUCACGUGUCCUUAUAUGAUUUUGUACACCUGUCAUCUGUCUUGUGCUUCUUUAAAGUGAUCUGGUGUGGGGGCUAAUACUCCUAAUGGACAUGUGCUUCUUUUGGUAGAGUAUGUACAGUUACAGUGAGGUCAUUCCAUCUUAAACUGGAAUCAAACAGUGUGUAACAAUGUGAAAAUGUGUUUUUUUUUCCCUUCACAUAUGUAUGAAUAUAUACAAAAGCUCCUAGUUGGAAGCAAUGACUAUCAGUUGACUUUAUUAGUUUAAGUUAAGAUUGUUUAAGAUGCUUUAGCUUCGAAUGCUUGAAGACUGUUUGGUGAUGAUGUUGUACUUAUAGGCUUACUGUGUGGUGGUUGAAUUUGCUCUGCUGUAUGUGUGUGUUAGUGUUUUUCCUUUGGAAAAAAAAAGUUACCAGAUUGAUUGAGGAUCGUCUUUCUGUUUGCCAUUAGGGCAAAGACUUGAAGGACUUAGGUUUGGAGUUGAAGACAUGAUUUAAAAAAACAGUACUUGUAGGAUUAUGAUUAAUUUUGUGUAUAUGUAAUACAUAAAUGAGUGGUCCAAAAAAUAUGUUAAUUCUGCAUUUUAUUUUUUUUUUUAUUAUUUUUUUUUUUUUUUGCCAGGCUGCAAAGUCAAAUAAAAGUCACUGUAAUCCAUAGACACAAAUUCUACAAUGAAGUUUAAAGGAAUAAUUUGAUCAUUUGUUAAAGUUGCUCAUUUGCUUUCCUGCCAAGAGUUACGUGAGCAUCAGGAACAAUGAAAAAAUACCUAUCCCUAAUUUGAUCAUGUCUUGGUGACAAGUGUUUUAAAAGGAAAUAUGGCAAUGACACAUUUUAUAUGUUUGUUGUUUUUGGUUUUUUUUCCGUUUUGUUGUUUGCUUUUUGGAGGUGUCCUUUUAGUUAAUCUCCUGCUACAUAUACACAGUUCCUGUAGUAAACUCAUAUCCAUCAUAGUUUACACGAACUUCUCAUCAUGUAUUCCAGGAUUUAGUGUACAUUUUGUAUCAUCUACACUCAACCGAAUCUCGCCACAGUCCCUUUAAAAGACAUACUGUUCCCCUGUGCAUAAUCAAUGAAACCCUGCUGCACAUGUCUAAUCCAAACUCCUACAUGGUGAGAUGGAACCUGGCUGAAAUGUGCACUCAAUGAAGGUGGAGUGUUUCACAUACUAUACUGUAUGUCAUUUUGCUUUAAACUGACAUGUAUGUGUUCCAUAAGGGACAGUCAGGUGAAAUAUUUUCAUAUCGGGGUAUGAAUACAAGUGAAGUAUUUAUAGAGGAAGAGAAAAGCUGGGUAGUUUGAGCUUUUUUUCUGUGUUGCACUUUAUGAACAUGGUUAUGAUGUAUAAAUAGUCUGUCUCCAAUUAAAGUCAUUACACUAA